UUUACUUUGAAAGGGCAAAGGGAAAUUUAGGUUUUAGCUUAGCGCGUGUUCCCUUUUCUCAUUGGCUGACGUCAUGACGCUGCAUGUGCGUCGGCGCUUCCUUAACUUGUCUCGCAGGAACAGCAACAGAGAAGAUGUUGGUCCUGGUAUUAGGUGACCUGCACAUCCCCCACCGGUGCAACACUCUGCCGGCCAAGUUCAAGAAACUGCUGGUGCCGGGGAAAAUCCAGCACAUUCUGUGUACGGGAAAUCUCUGCACAAAAGAGAGUUAUGACUACCUGAAGACCCUCGCAGGAGACGUUCACAUAGUCCGAGGAGACUUUGAUGAGAACCUAAACUACCCAGAGCAGAAGGUGGUGACAGUCGGUCAGUUUAAGAUCGGCCUCAUCCACGGCCACCAGGUGAUCCCCUGGGGGGACAUGGCCAGUUUGGCGCUGCUACAGAGACAGCUGGACGUCGACAUUCUCAUCUCUGGGCACACACACAAGUUUGAGGCAUUCGAGAAUGAAAACAAGUUCUACAUUAACCCUGGUUCUGCCACAGGAGCCUACAGUGCACUGGAAAGCAACAUCAUCCCCUCUUUUGUAUUAAUGGACAUCCAGGCGUCUACAGUGGUGACCUACGUCUAUCAGCUGAUCGGUGACGACGUGAAGGUGGAGAGAAUCGAGUACAAGAAAUCUUAGAGACCAGUGUGAGGGAGUUGGGUGAACGCGGAUCUGUUUAUAAUUUCAUUCCUUUCCACCAGGGUGCAGCAGCUCCCUGCAGUCACCACCACAUUAACGCUCUAACAAACUGUUCGGUAGCGUAACUACAGCUUUUUUUGUAUUAUAUUGUUUAUAUGUCAGCAUUUGCUUGUAUCCAAUCUGCCCCGCGGUAUCUAGAAAAUGCAAUACUGUCACACAUGCUUGUGGUCAGGAGAAAUAUAUUUGGUGCCAUUUCAAUUUGUUUUGUUUGUUUUUUUUCACCCUGGUCUGAACUUGUAACCAACAGGUCUCUAGUUUCAUGUAGUCAUUUCUGUUUCCACAUUAAAUAUCAAACCCCA